CUGAGAUUCGCGGUAUUAUAAAAGAGAGAUAAGAUCCUGCAGCUAGGUCUUUCGCACAUCUCAAAUCAACUCAUUAUUCAUACAUACUGCAAAAUGACCACCACAAUGCGCGCGAUUGCCAUCGAAGGCGGCAAGGGCCCCGCCACGGCCAUGCACGUCACCGACAUCCCCAAGCCCGUCCCCGCACCAGGCCAAGCCCUCGUCAAGAUCCGUGCCUUCGGUCUGAACCGCAUGGAUCUGCUCCAGCGUGAGGGUCUGUACCCGCUGCCCCCGCAGGCACCGGAGACCAUGGGUGUGGAAUUUAGCGGUGUCAUUGAGGGAUUGGGUGACGAGGCUGCUGCUGCGGGGUGUGGGUUUAAGCUUGAGGAUGAGGUGUUUGGGUUGGCGUAUGGUGGUGCUUAUGCCGAGUAUAUCGUCGUCGCGACGAAGAUGCUUGUUCACAAACCGAAGCAGCUGUCAUGGGAAGAAGCUGCCGGUGUACCUGAGACCUGGAUCACAGCCUCCCAAGCCCUCUUCCUAAUCGGUGACUUCAAACCCUCCCAAUCCGUCCUCUGGCACGCCGGCGCCUCCUCAGUCUCCAUCUCCGGCAUCCAACUCGCCAAAGCCUCCGGCGCCUCCGCAAUCUACGCAACAGCAGGCUCCCAAGAAAAAAUCGACUUCCUCGAAAAAGAGCUCGGCGUCACAAAAGCCUUCAACUACAAAACCGACGACUGGGCCACCGAAAUUUCCAAGCACACCAACGGCGCCGGCGUCAAUCUCACCGUCGACUUUAUCGGCGCGCCCUAUUUCCAGGGUGACCUGGACGUUGCGGCGCGGGAUGGACGCGUCGUGCUUUUGGGGUUGAUGGGUGGCGGUAAGUUGCCGGAUGGAGUGAAUAUUGCGCCGUUGUUGUUUAAGAGGGUAAGGGUGGAGGGGAGUACGUUGCGCAGUCGGGAUGUGGAGUAUCAGGGGAAGUUGAGGGAUACGUUGGUUGAGCAUGCUUUGCCGAAGUUUUGUGAUGGGACGUUUAAGGUGUUUGUUGAGAAGGUUUUUAGGUUUGAGGAUAUUGUGGAGGCGCAUCAGUUGUUGGAGAGUAAUCAGACUAAGGGGAAGAUUAUUUGUGUUGUGGGUGGUCAGGAAGAGUAAGUGAAGGUUGUGGUUUGAUGGGAUGAGACGGAGGAGGGAGGCCUUGGCAAUUGUCUUUCUGGCUGGGCGAUUAUGCUUGGUAUCACAUAAGUCUUGGUCGAAAAAUAUUAUGAACUGACUAUUCCCUUCUUGCUGAUGGUGGCGUU